UGAACUAAAAUUUCUUUGGGUUUUUAAAGCCAAAAGAAAGACGUCCACAAAAGAUUCAGCAUUCCCAAAACAAACAGAAAAUUAAGUAAUUGGUGAAAGUUAUUGAAAAAUUUAAUAUAACUAAAAUGAUUAAAGCUAUCUUAGUUUUCAAUAAUCAUGGUAAACCACGAUUAUCGAAGUUCUAUCAAUAUUUUAAUGAAGAUAUGCAGCAGCAAAUCAUUAAAGAAACAUUCCAGUUAGUAUCAAAAAGAGAUGACAAUGUGUGUAAUUUUUUAGAAGGUGGAAGUUUAAUUGGGGGAUCUGAUUAUAAAUUAAUUUAUCGACAUUAUGCAACUCUUUAUUUUGUAUUUUGCGUUGAUUCAUCAGAAAGUGAAUUGGGAAUUUUAGAUUUAAUUCAAGUUUUUGUUGAAACAUUAGAUAAAUGCUUUGAGAAUGUUUGUGAGUUAGAUUUAAUCUUUCAUGCAGAUUCAGUUCAUCAUAUAUUAGCUGAAUUAGUAAUGGGAGGAAUGGUUUUACAAACAAAUAUGUCGGAUAUAUUAUCAAGAAUUGAAGAUCAAAACAAAUUAAUGAAACAAGAGGCUGGAUUAUCUAUGGCACCAGCAAGAGCUGUAAGUGCAGUUAAAUCAAUGAACAUUCCGCAACAGAUAAAAGAUAUGAAAUUACCAGAUUUACCUCAAGCUAUUAAAGAUCUAAAAUUCUGACCGGCAAAUUAUAAUAAUACACAUCAAGGUGGUUUUGAAAAUACUGUUUUGAAUCGUAUUACAUCACCAUCUACGUUAACACAUAGCUCCUCUUAUGUACCAAUUGAAUCUGAAGCAUUUAAUUAUGAUUAUUAUCAAUCUCAUACACUAAGUGGUUCUAAUGUUUAUGAUGAAAAGUCAAAGUUGGAUGAUAGUAAAGAAAUGGAUGAAUCAACUUUUUUAGGUACAAGUAGAAAUUUGGUGAAAAAAAUUGAAAAUAUACCAGAAAAGAAAUUGUCUAAAAAUCGUAAAAAAUCUAAGAAAAAAUCUCAUCAAUGUGAAAAAGUUGCAAAAAACAAUAAAAAUCUUAUUGACGUGUCAUCGUAUAACGAAUUAUCUUCAUAAUUAUUUAAAAAUUUAGGUCAAUUCAAAUAAUCAUAAAAAAUUCAAAAAUAUAUUUUAGUAUAUAAAAAAAAUAAAAUCAUAAUAAUAAUAAUGAUAAUAAUAUACGAAAUUCAAAAAAUUUAUUUUAUAAUAUAAUUACAUACAUAAUUGAAUACAAUAAAAAUAUACAUAUGAUUAAAAUUU